CCCGGGCGCUAGCGGGCUGGGUGGCUGAGACCGUUAGCUCGCCAGGCUGGCAGGCUGCGGGCCGCCUCUCCGCCGGCCGCCGGGAUGGAGACGAUGCGAGCGCAGCGGCUGCAGCCAGGAGUGGGCACCGGCGGGAGGGGCACUCUGCGAGCGUUGCGGCCUGGAGUGACCGGGGCCGCGGCUGCCACCGCCACACCCCCGGCGGGCCACCCGCCGGCCCCGCCGCCUCCCGCACCUCCCCCGCCGCCCCUGCUCCUGUCGGGGGCCCCCGGGCUGCCGCUGCCGCCGGGCGCCGCGGGCAGCCCCGCGGUGCUGCGGGAGGCAGUGGAGGCCGUAGUGAGGAGCUUCGCCAAGCACACGCAGGGCUACGGCCGAGUGAACGUGGUGGAGGCCCUUCAGGAAUUCUGGCAGAUGAAGCAAUCCCGGGGAGCCGACCUGAAAAACGGCGCUCUGGUUGUCUAUGAGAUGGUCCCCUCCAGCAGCCCUCCCUAUGUCUGCUAUGUCACCCUACCUGGGGGCAGCUGCUUUGGGAGUUUCCAGUUUUGCCCAACAAAAGCUGAAGCCCGAAGGAGUGCUGCGAAGAUUGCCCUCAUGAACUCUGUGUUUAAUGAACACCCUUCCCGAAGAAUUACUGAUGAAUUCAUUGAGAAGAGUGUCUCUGAGGCGCUGGCAUCUUUCAAUGGCAACAGAGAGGAAGCAGACAACCCCAACACAGGGAUUGGUGCCUUCCGGUUCAUGCUGGAAUCCAACAAGGGCAAGUCAAUGCUGGAGUUCCAGGAGCUCAUGACCGUCUUCCAGCUGCUGCACUGGAAUGGCAGCCUCAAGGCCAUGCGGGAAAGGCAGUGCUCUCGGCAGGAAGUGUUGGCCCACUAUUCCCACCGGGCCCUGGAUGAUGACAUUCGCCACCAAAUGGCACUGGACUGGGUGAGCCGGGAGCAGAGUGUUCCCGGGGCACUGUCAAGAGAGCUGGCCGCCACGGAACAGGAGCUGGAUGAAGCCCGGCUGGCAGGCAAGGAGCUGCGUUUCCACAAGGAGAAGAAAGACAUCCUCACACUGGCCGCCGGGCAGCUGGGCAGCGUGCAUCCUCCCAACUGUUAGGCCGCCACACCCCUGCCCCAGCCCUUUCUAUAGAUCCUUUCUAAGAUUUAGUGUGAUUUCUGUACAGAUGGUCCCAAUUUUAUACUUUAAGAUAUAGAGAUCUAUAUGUGUGUAUAAACCCAGCCCCUGGAUUCCUGUUUGCCCAGAGAUCCCUUUUCUUAUUUCUAGUCUUUGGAUGGAGUUUCCUUUAAACAGCUCCACUCCACUUUACAGGAAUGACAGCACAUCUUUGGAGCUUAGCUGCCUUUUAUCUAACAAACCUGGCUUCUGGGUUGUCAUUAUAGUAGCAGGAAAUGACUGACCAGGUAUUCAUGCCGCCUUCCACAAUAACAUGGUGCUUGUAUAUAAGAACUCUCUGCCCCCCCUCCCCAGUGACACCUCCCUAUUCCUACUUUGUCUGGGAUCAAACAAACCAAGUUGUUCCUCUAGUAACUAGAUAUUUCCUUGCUAACACCACCCCCUCCUCACCAUCACCUUACUCUGCCUCCAAAUGGUAUUUUACUUUGACAUUUCUGUACCUCAUUCCUUAGAAAACAUUUCUUAUUUUUUAAGACAGUCAUUCUUGGGGAACUUCUCCAGAACAAAAGAGGAAUUACAAACAUAGUUCAGAGAAGCUUAUCCCCUAAGGUGCUUCUAUAGCUACCCUAUGGGGAGUCCAGAUUUCCAGAUAUGCUCUCUAGCACAGAAGGGGGCAGGGUAGAAGUUGCUUCUAUUUCAAGCAUUCCCUUUUUUUUUUUCUUUUUGGGUUACACCCGGCGAGGCACAGGGGUUACUCCUGGCUCUGUACUCAAGAACUACUCCUGGCAGUGCUCAGGGGACCAUAUGGGAUGCUAGGAAUCAAACCCGGGUUGACCACGUGCAAGGCAAAUGCCCUACCCGCUGUCAAGCAUUCCCUUUUGACCCCAUCCCAGGCUCCCAAAGUUUAGUUAAGCUAAACUCCUUCAGAGAUCAGUAAAACAUAUUUGUAUCUUUCAUCCUUUUGCUCUCUGGAACCAUGACUUUUUUUUUUUUUUUGUGAGAACUCUGUCUCUCAUUCCCACAAAGUUGCUGCUGUUUACUACCUGAGAUAUACAUACCUUAGAUUCACAUUUGUUUUCUCUUUUCCCUUCCUUCACCAUGAUUUGUUUUAAUUUUUGAUGAGGUGCUGGGGAUCAAACCUUGCACUUGCAAAGCCUGUGCUCAACUCCUGGGCCUCCACAUUGAUUAUUAGAGCAUAAAUUCAUGAAUUGUUCGGGAAACUAGAUGCCUUCUAGCACUUGGAACUAGAGAAUGCUGGAAGGAAAGGAUAUUCAUCUCUUCCCUUCCCCCACGUCUCUCCUGGGUGAAACAGAAGAGAACUGGUAUAAAGCACAACUAAAGCAUUCCUCUUUGGGGGUAUCUUUUUUAUAUAGCUCUAAGAUUUAUUUCCCUUCCAUUCUGUAAUCUCCUUUACAUUAUAUAUCAUAUUUCUGUGCACUUUCUAAACUGUGCUGAGGAGUGUAAUGCUCCUGCAACUACUUGCCACUUAAUGAUUACACACUUUGCUUUUAGAAAUAUAUUAGGAAACAGCCCACACUGUGCUCUUUUGGAUCAUAAUAGAGGGACAAGAUUAAAGUCAGAUUUCUUGCUUUAUGAAGUCAUCUUGUGACCAGUAUGUAUGGGAUCAGAGGUAAGAUAUCUAACAACAAAAAAAGAAGAAGAAGAAAGAAAAAAGAAGUCUAACAAAUUAUGCUUGGAAAGGGCUUCCAAGAACUCCCGAAGGCCCCCCAUAAUGUUCUCUGAAGUUCAUGCAGGACCUGAGUAGAAGGAAGCUCCUGCGUGAGUUUAACAGGGGCAUUUAUUGUUUCUAUUGAUAUUUAUCAUUCAAAAUCCAGGUGCUCUCCUAUGCUCCUUUCUCUGGGAAGUCCUCAGGGAAAUGAGUUGUAGGGAAGAGUUUUCCAUGAACCUCCUGGAUUUGUUAUUUUUCUCAAAUACUAACCAGUCAGAUCCCAAAGAACUUGAGAAACAGUGUUCCCUGAUCUCUCCAUUUCUGGUAUUAAAGAUUUUACUUAUCUUUUUAGUA